AUGGGAGCCAAGGUGUCGUUGGUGGACGGUAUGGGGCACGGCUCUGCGCUCGUUCCUUCUCUCACUCUGGAGAACAUCCAGGCGGCAUAUGAAGAUGGGAAGGAGGGGGCUGCCAGGGAGCUGAUCCAGCAGGCAAGCUGUGUGGAGUGCAGCGCAGGGACGCCCCACAUCGAUGGGGUACAUCUCCUGUGUGUGGCCACGCAGCAUGGUGAUCUGGAGAGUGUGUGUUACCUCCUGAAAGAAGCCCGUAUCACCGUGCCCCAGGAGCUAUCCAACAGCAACCCAGCCAUCCUGGCAGCGUACUAUGGCCACGCCGGCCUGGUCAAAGAACUGCUGGAUUCCAUACCAGGUCCAUGUCUGAGGAGAGACUUACUGAACUGGAUGCUGGCCACAUCUUGCCAGCAGGGUCACCUGGAUGUGGUACGGCUGCUGGUCCAUGGCUAUGAUGCGGAUGCCAAGGACUGUGCCAUCCACAGCGAUGAGUUUCCUGUUGUCAGCGGACUGCCACUGUACGCUGCCGCACAAUCAGGUAAUGAGGAGAUCGCUCGCUUCCUGCUGCAGAAUGGAGCUGGAUUCUCCUCAUACACCCUGAUAGACCAUCCAGCCUUCAGCAAGCACCUCCUCAGACUCAACCUGCAGGAGACAUCCAACAGAAGAGUAAAGGAGGCUGUCAGUGUGUGUUGGAGCGGUCUGCAGCUGCCCUGGUUAGAGCUGGACUGGUUCAUGGAUAUCUCCUCACGUAUCACCCACCUGGAUCUGUCCUCCAACAGCCUGGCUGCUCUGCCCUCUGUGGUGCCCUGGGGUCUCAUCCACCUGCAAACUCUGGAUCUGUCUAACAACCUGCUGAAGGAGCUGCCGCCUGCCCACAGCUCCCAGGAGGUCAUCUGCUCCAGUUUACAGCAGGUGAAUCUCUCUCAGAACCAGCUCUCCAGUUUACCACCUGGACUUCUCCAUCUGACCCACAUCCAGAAAAUCGCUGCUGCCAAGAACCUGCUCGCAGUCCUGUUUGACAUCCCUGCCACAACCAACUGGAUCGGCCUUCGUAAGGUGGAGGAGCUGGACGUGUCUGAUAACUGUCUGACCUGUCUGCCUACGGCUUUCAUGCACUGUCUGAAAUCCCUGAGCUUCCUCAACGUGUGCAGGAACAAACUGAGCACCUUCCCCGACCCCUGGGCGUGUCCACUGAAACAAUGCAAAGCUUCCUCCAAUGUGAUUGAGAGUCUUCCAAACACCAUCUCCAUCUUCUGGAGGACGAAGCUGCAGGAGGUGGACUUCUCUGACAACAGCCUGAAGGAGCUGCCCUCAUACAUCUUUGAGCUGGAGGCUCUGGUCUCACUGAAACUCUGCGGGAAUCAGAUUGUGACACUUCCAGCCCCCAAUAAGUGGAAGUGCUCUCAGCUCAGGACCCUCGAUCUUUCCAGGAAUCAGCUUGGCAAAACAGAGGAGGGGCCCAAAUCCAGGAGGCUGGCCUUCCUAACUACAUGGAACAGGAGGGACCCAGACCCAGUGUGUCCCAUAGAGUUUCCCAUGAUUCUGCGGGAUUCACUGGAAGUGCUUUACUUGAAUGACAACCAGCUGGAGUGUGUUCCCCACUCGGUAUGUGGUCUGCACAGCCUCACCGAGCUCUACCUCUCCAAUAAUCCUGGAAUCCGGGAGCUCCCAGCAGAGCUCGGUCAGCUCUCGAACCUGUGGCAGCUGGACACUGAAGACCUCAACAUCACUAAUGUUCCCCAGGAAGUAAGAAAAGAAGGUCCUGCAUCUGUCCUGGCUUUCCUCCGGGCACACCUUCGAAAGGCAGAGCCGUGUAAACUUCUGAAGAUGCUUGUGAUUGGUCCACCGAGGCAGGGGAAGACGGCCCUGCUGGAGACUCUACAGACUGGCAGGGCGUCCGCCUUCACCCCAGCAGAGUGCAGCAUCUCCACCUCCACCUGGGAGCUGGAGAAACCCAACAGCGGCAAAAACAGCAAGGACUCAGUGGCGUUCAACGUGUGGGACAUUGGUGGUCAAGCCAGCAUGUCCACAGUGAACCAGUGUUUCUUCACUGAUAAGGCCCUGUAUGUGGUGAUCUGGAACCUGGCUCUGGGAGAGGAGGCUGUGGCCAGCCUGCAGACAUGGUUGCUCAACAUCGAGGCACGAGCACCCAACUCUGCAGUGGUGGUUGUGGGAACACAUUUGGAUCUGAUCGACACCAAGUUUCGCACUGAGAGACUGGCCACGCUCAGAGCUUAUAUCCUGGCUCUGUGCAGAUCCCCGUCAGGCGCUCGAGCCACCGGCUACCCUGACAUCACCUGGAAACACCUGCAUGAAGUGUCCUGUAAGACCCUGGAGGGUUUGGAAGGGCUGAAGAAGCUGAUCUACCAGGUGGCUCUCUCCAUGAAGGACAGCAGCAGCUCGGCGUGUGGCAGUAAAUUACUGGGCAGACUGAUCCCCAGGAGUUAUCUGACACUCCAGGAAGCAGUGAUAGCAGAGAAGCAGAGGAGAGAUGCUGAGAAUGACGUCCAAUAUCUAACUGAUGCCCAGCUGGACCGUGUCAUUGAACAGAACCCAGGAAGUGACAUCAGAGACUAUGAGGACCUACAGACUGCCAUUAGCUUCUUGAUAGAGACGGGGACCCUGCUUCACUUCCCGGACACCAGCCAUGGUCUGUGUACCCUCUAUUUCCUGUGUCCCGUGUGGCUGUCAGAAUGCCUGGAGAGGAUCAUACACCUCAAGUCAUCUCGCUCUGUAGCCAGGAAUGGAGUGAUUCGAGCUGAAGACCUCAGGAUGCUGUUGGUAGGAACGGGGUUCACCCAGCAGACAGAGGAACAGUAUUUCCAGUUUCUAGCCAAGUUUGAGAUCGCUCUGCCUGUGGCCAACAACAGCUAUCUUCUGCCUCAUCUCCUUCCUCCCAAGCCAGCGAUGGACAUCCAUGGUUUCCGCCAGCAGUUCAACAACACCCUACAACGUCUUUUCAAGAUGAGCUUUGUUCCUGCUGGAUUUUGGGAGCGCUUCAUUGCCAGGAUGCUCAUCAGCCUCACAGAGAUGGACCUGCAGUCGUUUGAGCUCAAAAGAAAUACCAGGAGCCAGCACAGCAGAAGCUCUGUGAUCUACAGCUUUGCUGGAACCCAGCAGAGGAACCGAUGCAGCACCUUCAGAGUCCGACGCAGCCAGACCAUCUACUGGAAGGAGGGGCUGCUGGUCACGUUUGAUGGAGGUUAUCUCAGCGUGGAAUCAUCAGAUGUCAACUGGAAGCGGAAGAAGAGCGGAGGCAUAAAGAUCAUCUGCCAGUCAGAGAUGAGAGAUUUCUCUGCCAUGGCCUUCAUCACAGACCACGUGAACUCCCUGAUCGAGCAGUGGUUCCCUGCUUUGACAGCCAGUGAAAGCGAUGGGAGUCUCCUCAUAGAGCAGUACGCCCCCUGUCCUCUCUGUGUCUCGCGUGGUCAACAGAAGCAGACCAAGCUCCUAGCUAGCCGGCCCGGCCAGAGUGGAGAGAGAGGAAAUCGUGGAGGAGAUGAUGGAGGAGGAGGCGAAGCAGGGGUCCAUUACUUUAACAUGGAGGACUGUGUGCUGGCUGCAGUGGAGAAGGAGUACAUCAUUUGUCCUCAGCAUCCUGACCAGCCAGUCCCCCUCCAGGAGCUGGUCCCAGAGCUCUUCAUGACUGACUUCCCUGCACGGCUCUUUUUGGAGAGGGCCCAGCUGGAGUACACUGAGGAGGAGAAUAACAUCCUUGGCCAGGGGGGCAGUGGGACCAUCAUCUACCGAGCUCGAUACCGGGACCACCCGGUGGCCGUCAAACGCUUCCACUUCAAGAAGUGUCGACAGCAGACCAUCAGCAUCGACACAGACACCAUGGUGAAGCACCUGCAGUCUGCAGAUGCCUGUCGGAGCUUCUCUGAGUUUCGCCAGGAGUCCAGUAUGUUGCACUCUCUCCAGCAUCCCUGCAUUGUUUCUCUGGUGGGCAUCAGCAUCCACCCGCUCUGCUUCGCCCUGCAGUUAGCCCCUCUGGGCAGCCUCAACACUGUGCUGGAGGAGAAGCGCAAAGGCUCCAAGUACAUGCCCCUCGGUCACAUGCUAACCUUCAGAGUAGCCUACCAGAUUGCAGCAGGACUGGCAUACCUUCACAGGAAGAGCAUCAUCUUCUGUGACCUUAAAUCUGACAACAUCCUGGUGUGGUCUCUGCAGGUGCAGGACCCAGUCAACAUUAAACUGUCUGACUACGGCAUUUCUCGACAAUCCUUCCAUGAGGGCGCCCUGGGUGUCGAGGGCACGCCAGGUUACCAGGCUCCUGAGAUCCGACCAGGCAUUGUGUAUGAUGAGAAGGUAGACAUGUUCUCCUAUGGUAUGGUGCUGUAUGAGCUGCUGUCCGGGCGGAGACCAGCGCUGGGACAGCACCAGCUUCAGAUAGCGAAGAAGCUCUCCAAAGGCGUACGGCCGGUGCUCGGCAGCCCAGAGGAGGUUCAGUUCUACUGCCUCCACAGCAUGCUGACUGAAUGCUGGGACACCAAGCCUGAGAAGAGGCCGGUGGCCAUGCAGUGUGUGAGGCAGAUGCAGGAGCCCAGCUUCCCCUGCCUCAGGUAUGUGUUGUCCUGUGACAGCCACUCGCAGCUCUUCCUGUCCCAGCUGCAGGGACACAGCGCCGUGUUCUGGAGCGGAGACAAAGACGGCAGGAACUACAGUGUGGUGAAUGUGGAGAAGGGCCAGGUGGAGGUGAAGAGGAUGUCGUGUCCAGGCAGCAGGAUCAGCUUUCAGAUGAAGAUGUCUAACACUCUGUGGGUGGCCACUGAGGAGCAGGAGGUGUUCAUCUACAGUCUGAAGGACAUGUGUCCGCUCAGUCAACCCCAGAAACAGUUCUCCUGUCCAGCCGUCAUCACCUGCCUGUUCCCUGUCCCAGCGUUAGAACAGAGCCUGGCCAGAGUGUUUGCGGGGAUGUCCGACGGCCUGGUGGCGGUGUACAGCCUCCUGGAGGACCUUCCUCUGGAGGGGGAAACCUACCUGUGUUCACACACCCUCAACAAAACCGUGUUUGGUCUGAAGGACUCAGAUCCCCGGCAGAGACCCUACCCAGUCAGGAGCAUGGCUCUGGUCAGCAGUGGCUCCCAGUUAUGGUUCUCCAACGGUCCGGGUGUGCUGGUCAUUGACUGUCUGAGUCUUAAGGCCGUUCGAAGGCUGGAGCCCUACACCCCGCCAUCUUCCAUCAUAUCCAUGGCGACCAGCUUCAGUCUGUGGGGAGAGGAGGCUGUGUGGACCCUGGACGACCACAUCAACACCCUGCUGCUGUACCACGCUGCCACCUACGAGCUCUGUGCCAAGUACUGCUGCAGGGACAGCAGUCCUCUACGAGACAUCUUCACUGUGCAGCGUCCUGCAGGGGUUACCACGGUGACAGCUACUGACCUCAAGACUAUGGACCAGGAAGAGAAGCUGGAAUGGACUAAUGGAGAAGUGACACUGAUUUACAGUGAGGAGGCGGGCACUCAGAUCAUCCAGCACCAGGACUCACUGACAGACUACUGCUCCAUAUCAUCCAGCUGCUCGCUGGAGCCUCUGGGGUCAGACUGUUCCAGCACCGCCGACCUCGGCUCGUUAGCCACCCACAGCAGUUUGCCGCCACCGCCGCUGCCAGCAGAGCGGGACGAACCGGGCAGCGGCCAGGACCAGCAGGCGUCCAUCAAUCCUGAUCUGGAGUCUGCAGAGACACUGAACCUCACAGUGCCUGAGCUGCAAGCCUUCAAGGUGCUGACAGUGAAUGGAACUCUGUGGAUCCCCAGGCGUGGAGGUGAUGUGAUGGUCAUCGAGAUGCAGUCACACGGCGAUCAGCUGAGGGGGCGUGUCAUCGCUGUCCUCAGUCCACCGGGAUGUUCCUCUUUAGGGAUCCUGGAGGAGGCAGCACUAGUGGCAAAGGACACAGUUGUAUGUGGCUUUCAUAAGGAAAACAUGGAGUGGUGCCUGUGUGUCUGGAGGGGCUGGGGCUGCCACGAGCUGGAAGUCUUCUACCAGUCCUACGAGGAACUGGGCCGCUUGGAGACCAGCAUGAGGAAAAGAAGGUAGCUGUUGUGCUGUGACGGCGAGGCGCAGAAUCGCAGCUCUGUACGGAGGGAGAGCCAAAGGGAAUACACACCGACAGACUGCCAGUGUUCGGAGCAGGGGGUGGCCAAUUGCUGACAUCAGGGCAACGUAGGAGGGGGAGGAGGUCUGCCAUAAGGGCUGAGCCUCAAGCUGUGCACAGUGGUUAUAUCCCCUCCCUGCAUACCUCAGCACCAAUAAUAUGUUAAGACCUGAAAUCAGUAAUCUCACUGCAGACGUGAAAAGCCACAAAGCUGAGUCACAGAUCGACGCUGCCAGAACAGAACUUUAGUGAGUGACUUUACUUCUGCAAACUGGUUUUAAUUGCUUUUUCAUAUUGAGUGCUAUAUGCCAUAUUUGGCUACUGGCAGCCGUCUGUGGAUUCAGUUCAAGAUGUGGUGGACUGAGUUUGGUUCCAGCUGCUGAAGCCUAUUGUUUAUUCUUUGUCUAUUUCAGUCUUCCCUCAUUUAACUGUUCCAACUUCAUCCCCUGAGGAGGACGGGGACAAGUCCACCGACUGUUUUUAAAUGAACUUGUGUUGGAACCAAGCUGCUGGUAAACAGCUGUGUUGUAGAGACAGACAGCAGAUAGUGGAUGGGUGGAUGGCAGCGACACUGACACUCUCACACACUCAGAACACAGUGUUCCCCUGUUUUCCAGUGUAUUUUAGUGCUAAACUGUGCCAUAUGAAUCUGCAUGCCAGCCGCGGCUCCCACUGUUACCAGAGCGGCCUGUAAGCAGCAAACUAACAUCUGUGUUCUGUGCAACAUUAUGCAACACACCAGUUGUUCACAGCGUUUGCUAUUCAAAACUAGUGCUUUUGGCAGGUCCUUAUAGAUGCGACACUUUUCUUUUAAACAAAGCUCAGACUGCAGGGUGUCCUCGCUCGCCUCUGCUCCUCCAGCAUCAUUUCUUAGCAGGAAAACAUGUUCUUGGGGUUUUUAGUGAUAGUUUUCAUUGUUACUGCUCUGCCUUUUCCUUCACGGGAUUCACAUUACCCUCACAUGCACAAGGGAUUCACAGGAAAUGAAGCAGCACAUACUGGACAUGAUGCAGAAGACAGAGGCUGGUGCAUGUGCACAUUUUACAUAAUGUAGGAGAGGAUGUUAGUUCAGUGCAACCGCGUUCCCCUCAGCUGCAGUUUGGCUGUAAACAGAUACACCAGUUGUUCUGAUUCUGUUGUAUUUAUUACAGAUGAGCCCGGAAGUGUUGGCUUCCCCCAAUACAUGUGUUACCACCAGUAAUCAGCCAGGACAGUUGGUGCGACCAUAACCUUUAUAAAGUGAAUUUACUUAAGACCUCAUGAGGCUUUGACCUUGUGUUAUUAGCUGUUCGUGGGUGUGUUGUUGCUGAAAUCCAACAAAACAAUACUUUAUUCCUGGUUAAAAUAACAGUAGUAUUUACCAGUCCAGGUUGACAGGAAACACCAGGAACAUUUUUCAGCUUUUCAGAGAGAAACCCUCUAUAAAAAGAUUUUAAAAACCCACUGAGUUACAGAUGUUAGUGGAACAGAGUCUGUCUGCAAGAGGGGGAAAGACGUACAGGUUUAGCUGUGUCGCCAAAUGAGUCAAAGACCACUAAAAUGUAUCAUACGUGUGAAAUGCAUUUGCUCUUGCUUCCUCCAUGGGACUCGUGUCACCAAGAGACUUCAAGAGAUACAAGGUUAUCCACCACAGUUGUUUUUCACACAGGAUAUUUCAUUCAGCUCUUCAGACCAAAACAUCAUGAUUAUCACUGAAGCAUAAGAUCAUAAUUCUCCCAAUCCUACUGACACAUACAACGUUUUUAUAUCAAUAAUUCCCACUGCAGCAGCAAGACAGGGAAGCAAACAGAUAAGAAAAAUGAACCUAAGUCAAUGAAAUGCUGAAUCACAAUAUUUUAUCAGAUGAGGGCUGUUUGGUGAAGUCGUUUCCAGAGUCAAACUAAAGACAUGGCAGAUUCAUGCACAGUGCACCACUGACAACAGGGCAACAGGGUGAAGCCACUGUAAUAAUCAUUACUCCCCACAUGGUUUUACAGAUUUCAAACUUUUUUUUUUGUUAACUUUAAUCAGCACAUUAACAGAUCAUCAGUGGCCAGUAAAGACGUGUAUAUAGUCCAUAACAGCCUAGAAGGAAGGCAGAGCUUAUUUAUUUAUCAGGAUGUAAAAAUGAAAGUUUAUUGCAAUUAAAGUAGUUGUGUACCUAAUCACUGUACAAUACAGUA